CUUCCUCGUUGAUAAUGAUAUGAGAGCUUUCAAAAUUUAUCUUCCAAUUUUUAUUCAGAUUUGUGAUCAAUAUGGAUCAAUCUAAUUCUACUGAAUUAAAGAGUGGUUAUUUAUUUAGUAUUCAGAAAGGGAUUCUGGGUACUAAAGCAAUUAAAAAAUGGUGUAGUUUACAUGUAUUUACAACUGGAAUACCUAGCUACCUGCAGUUACACGACUCCAAAGAAAAGUUAUCUAGUCCAAAAACAAUAGACUUGGAUAAAAUAGUUAGUGUAGAAAAACUGAAAACUGAGCAAGGUUUUGAAGUAUGCAUGAAAAAAGAAAAACAUAUCUUCCGGUGUGAAGACUCAAACGAGGAAGAUCUAUGGAUACAAGCGUUAAGCAAAAUACUAAGAUUAAAAACAUCUGAAAAAGUAGGAGAUCGAACUUCAGUGAUUAGUCGGAAUGACGACUCUAUUAUCCUCGAUGAUAAUAUGUUGUAUGAAUCUUUAGAUGCUCCACCAAUGUUUCGUGUGACGAUUGAUAUGAACGAAACAGCAGAAACAUGCCAACUUCAAAAAGAUAAGAUCUAUUUCCUGGCUGUUAAUAAAUAUAAUAUAGCAUUACUUGACUAUCCAUCAAAAACAAUUUUAUAUCAAUGGCCAUACCAAUACAUCAGGCGAUUUGGAAGACAUGCAGGACUUUUUCUUAUAUUUUCUGGAAGAAGAUGUCCAUCUGGAGCUGGAGAAUUCAAUAUAAUUACUGAUGAAGGCGAUGCCAUUUUUGAAUAUAUACGAAAAUUUACACAGACACAACGUAGUCAAGGAAUGGAUGAAAAUCAAGACUACCAAACGGACGCAGCGGCCUUCAAGAAAACUCAACCCAAAUCAGCUAUGACAGUAUCUUCUAGUGAACCUCCCAGUUUACCACCGCAAAUAAAGCAACCAGUUAAAACAGAGAUGCCUUCAGAAGCCACAACGGGAACAAAGUCUCAAGAUAGGGUGAAAAAAGCCUUGAUAUUGUCAUCUAGCAAUUCAUCAUCAGCUGUGAAUGAAGAUUUUAAACAUGAACUUGGUGAAAAAUUGAUCAAACAAUCCCCUAGUGUAGAUGAAACCAAGCCAGUUUAUAAAGGAUCAAUUGAGAACAAUUUUGUUGGUGAGGCCCAUUGUACUGAUUUUCAGGCCACCGCCACAAAUCCACAAGGUAAAAAAACUACAAAAGUGAUUAAGAAAGAUAAGGAACGUGAAAAGAGAGAGGAAAAAGAGAAAAAAGAACGUGAAAAACAAGAAGAGAAAAGGUUAAAGGAAGAGAAAAAGAAGGAUAAGGACAAGAAGAAAGGAAAAGAUAAGGCAGCACCACCUCCAGUUAAGUCAAAACCUGACACCCAUGAUCCAUCACCAGUAUAUGAAGAAAUGGAUGAAUUAGCUGUUUCCAGACACCCACAACCUACACGUGCCAAAGCUACUCCAAAUCUUUAUGAGGAUAUUGAUGAUGGUGGGGUACGAGCCUCUGGGGCCUAUGCAGAAGCAUCCAACAGAAAAGUCCAGAUUCCAGCUAACGAAGGAAAUGGAAAUUUUUACAGUAAUCCUGAGGAUGUAGCAGGGGAUAAAUCACAGGAAAUAGUAACCUACGCAGAACCAGAAGGAAAACGCUCUGAUGCUUGGCGACAAUAUGGUGGAAAAGAAGAUGAUGAUGGUCAUGUUGAAGAUUAUGUUAAUAUCAAAAUGACUGCAACUGAGUUUGCAAAUUACAAUGAUAAACAAUACCCUGUUCAAGAUGAUUAUGAAGAUGAGACAUAUGAUACUUUCAGUAAUAAAACAACUUCAGUAGAGACAGAAAAUAUUUAUGGCAUGAGUUCAGGUAAAGUACUUCAUGCUCAUUCAGCUUCUGGGGGAUACGAAGAGGCACCAAUUAAGGUUUCAGUAAAAUCUUUGUCUGAUUUUAAAAAGCCUGUUCUAGUUUUAGAAGGCACUGAAUAUCUAACAGAAAGCACAGAUAACUGAAAUUGAUAUUUGAAAUAUUAAAGUUGGUUGCCAUUAAACACAAGUAUGAUUAUAAUGAUGCCUCAUAAUAUCCUUUUCGGCAAACCAAAAGGUGAAAUUUUCCCGACUAAAGGGCAAUUAGACUUUCAGUCCAUACAUAUACACAAGUAGUCUGGUCAAAAAGCAGACUGGACAAGCUUUUUUUAAAAAUUGAUCAACCCUAAUGUAAUUUAUAGGCCUACUAUUAUAACCAAUACUGUCUAGCCUGAUUAUUUUUCAUUUAAUCACUUUUUGGCCCUUAACUUUUAUUGUUACUUUGAAUGAGGAAAAUGAGACUUUACAAGACAAAUAUAGAAAAAUAAGUUUAUCUUGUUAAAAAAAAAAGUGUACUAAUUAGUUCUACUGAGAUAUUUGGGACUAGCUGCUACUGAUCUUUUUAAAAACAGGCGAGGGGUGGAUGGCCGAAUGGAUAGCCGAAUGGUUAGCAUGUGCACGCUGUAUCAUAAGGUCUGUCAUUGAGUCAACUGGCGUGGAUCCGAUUCCCCGGUUGUACGUGACAAGAAGUAGGGUCGCCUGUCCAAUCUCAUAGGUUUUCUCCGGGUCCUCCAGUUUCCUCCCACUGCUAAAGACCCCUACCGCAAGCAAAUUAUUGAAAUAAAAUUGAACCAUAUGUUAGUCCCAAAAUGACCUAAUUUGUGUCGAGUGGUCGUUAAACCUCCAUUUCUAUUUGUCUGUCUGUUUAAAAACAACUAUCCGUAAUUAAUAUUUCGGCAGAUUCAAGUUCAUUCUAACUUGAAUAUCCCUGAUGUAAAUAUAGUUAUGCAAAAUUAUCAAUGUUGGACUGGGUUUCUCCUUGAAGUCUGUUCUUGAUCCUAUUUGAACUGCUUAUUAAUACUGAGUGCUUACAAGGAGUAAAAAUUUGAGUAAAACCUGUUUGAAAUGUGAUUUAAAUAAUAAAAAAAGGUAAUCUCGACUUCUAACGAUAUUUAUGCAAUUUUAACUCAAAUACUUAUAUUUAAUGGCAACAAGAAAAUGGUGCUUUGUUUUCAGUUUUCUGAAAAAUUAUAUUUAUAAAUAAAGACUAAUGUUUGUUUGAUGUUCUGCAUGCAAAUUAAACAAAGUAUUUUAAAUAUUACUAUACAAAAUAACUCAUGCAGCUCGAGUUAUGAACCGGUAUGUAGGCCUUUUGGGCCAAUACAAUCAUGUAUGUAUUAUGUAUUAUAGUAUUAUAUAGGAUGCUUUUAAUGUGGUGAUUUUGGUUUAAGAAGAAUAUCAUGAUUGUUAUUAAAAAAUAAUCAAAGAUUUUGGGGAUAAAAAGUGCAAGUCCCAUUUCAGGUUUGAGUAAAACAGUAGGCAUGUUAAUAAUGGUCAAAAUAGUGUUGAUGGUAGAUUAAUGAAAUGAAAUGAAAUGGGGUUUAACGUCCUACUGUUCUGCUCCUAAACUGGGCUAAUGAAGACGGGCAUACGCCAUACAGUGUGCUAUGAUGAGGGAAAUUUUGCCCGGGCAGCGGUAGAUUAAUGUAUAAUAUGUCAUCCUUUGAAUGCGGUGAAAUCAUUGAGUCAAGUGGCAUGGUUUCAAUUCCCAUUGAGUCAAGUGGCAUGGUUUCAAUUCCCGUUUGAACGUUCCACAGAUCUUGUGUAGUUUCCGUGACCCCAUAAAUGUUACCCUUCCACAAAGACGUGCCAAAUGCCCAAAUAUGGCAUUGAUUGUUAAUAAAUUUCUAUGAGAGUUUGCCGAAAACGGCUUUAUAAUGGACCAAAAAUACAUAUAUUAUAUAUUAUAAGGUCCAUUGCUUUAUCAACUAUUUAUUUGUUUAUAUAAAAAAUGAAUUUAAAAAUAAUCAUUAACUAUGAGCAUUUAAUGGAGUCCCCCCCCCCCCUUUUUUUUUUUAGAAACAUUGUUUAAAGCCAUAUGACUUCAUAUUCAAAAUAAUUAUGUUUCUAUAUAAAAGACAUUGUGCUUUGUUUUAAUAUGUUUUAUAUGCUUAACUAUUUUGUGGAGGUAUAAUUGUGAUAAGGUAAAACUAGGGGUUGCCAUGCAAGAGAUGGACAGAAAAAGCUAAAAAUGUGUGAAUAUAGAAAGGAAGCAAGAUCUUUGGGUUAUAAACAUACAGUUCAAAUUUCAUCAAAAUAGGAUAAAAAUUGUGACAUCUAGAGUGUCCACAAGCUAAAAACAUGAUUUUUAGUAUAAUUAGGGGCCAUAAUCCAUGAAGAUACGGCCCUAUACAUGCCAAAAUCGAAAGGAACUGAGAUCUUUCGGAUAUAAACCUAUAUUUCAAUUUUCGUCAAAAUCGGAAAAAAUUGUGAGAGUGUCCACAAGCAAAAUGUGGAAGGAUGGACAGGGGCGACGACAAUAUUUGUCUCAUGAAAAUGUGGGCGUAUAAAAAUACACCAAAAUAUCUUCCUUCAAAUAUAUUAAGUCUUCCUUGCACUAAUCUAAAUUACAUUUAUGGCAGGUCCAUUUAUGUAUUGUUACAUAAAAGAGUUGAUAUAAAAUAUAUGAUUCACUAUAUAAUCUAAAGCUUGACAAUAUCAGUUUUGUUUUUAUUGGAGAGGAUGUAUUUGUUCACGAUAUAUAGUAGUUAAAUGUUGAAGCAAAUAUCUUUGUCGUAAAAUGUUUCUAUAGUACUUUCAAACAACUGACAACUGUUAUCGCAUUUGUCCAUACUUCCUGCUGAAUAACAUGAAGUGAGUUUGUUGAAUUAAUAUAUGUAAGGUUUCCCUUGCAUCAGUGAUCACUCUUGUUCACUCAUACACCCCCCCCCCCCCACACACACACACUGCCCCCUUACAUCCUUACAUACACCCGUUGUCUACAGCUCAGGUUAAUUGGUUUCCCAUUAUAGUUAAUACUUUGAUCUUUAUAAAUAAUAGGAUUUCCCUCUUUUAUUUAAGCCUGUAAGAGUUUCUGCUGUUUUGGUUUAGUUGUAAAUGGCCCCUUAAUCAAAGGUGUUAAGUUUUAAUUGUAUUGCUAAUUUUUGUUGCAUAUUCAUAUUCUGUAUAUAUUUGUCUACUAUUCACAUAUCUGCUUCAUUUGCUUGAUAAAGACAAGAGUAUUCUCGUCGAAAUGUCGCUUAGUAUUAAACUCAGAAAUUGUCUAUCCAUGAAAUUGUACCUGGUGUUAAUAUGUUCAAUUACUAAAUGCCAAUCAAAGAAGACAAGGUGAAUACAUGUAAGAGAAGAUUACCAUAGUGGAUGUAAUAUCUGCUUGGGUACUUAAAGAUGCAUUAUGUAAGAUUUAGAUAAACAGCUGGCCAUUCUUGCGAUAAUAGUUCAAAAAUAGAUAAUGAAAAAUGAAUAUAUUAAAAAUUUCAUUCAAAUUACUUUAUUCUGAGUGAAGUUAUCACUGUUUGAAGUUUUGACAAGAUGUGGCUUAAAUUAUGUAAUAUUUUUAUCGUAACAACUUUACUUGUUAUUCAAGACUUAGCCUUGAUUCUCCAUUUUUAUACGCCCACAUUUUCAUGUGGAUGUAUUAUGCCGUCGCCCCCGUCCGUCCACAAUUUGUUUGUGGACACUCUACAGGUCACAAUUCUUAUCCGAUUUUGACGAAACUUGAAAUAUAGGUUUAUCUCCAAAAGAUCUCGGCUGCAUGUAUCGGAUCUUGGCAUGUAUCGGAUCGAAACUUCAUGGAUUAUGGCCCCUGUUUGUACGAAAAAUCACGUUUUUAGCUUGUGGACCCUAUAGAGGUCACAAUUUUUAUCCGAUUUUGUUGAAACUUGAAAUGUAGGUAUAUAGCCUAAAGAUCUCGGCCCAAAAUUGACAGACAAAAUGGCCGCCGUUCGUUCUCAAAUAGCGUAAAGAUAUGGUAUAUUAAGGUUGUGGACCCUAUAGACGUCACAAUUUUUAUCCGAUUUUGUUGAAACUUGAAAUGUAAGUUUAUAACCCCAAGAUCUCUGUUUCUUUCGAUAUAGCGCAUAUCGAACCAUUACUUCCUGAAUUAUGGCCCCUGAUUGUACGAAAAAUCGCAUUUUUAGCUUGUGGACCCUAUAGAGGUCAUAAUUUUUAUCCGAUUUAAAAAAACGUAUUAUUAUAUCACCGUUACACCCUAAGGACGACUGAAUUCGAAUUUCAUGAAAAUCUGCCAAAAUUGACAGACAAAAUGGCCGCCCUUCAUUCUCAAAUAGCGUAAAAAUAUGGUAUAUAGAGGUCACAAUUUUUAUCUGAUUUUGUUGAAACUUGAAAUGUAAGUUUAUAACCCAAAGAUCUGGGUUCCUUUCGAUAUUCGAGCAUAUCGGAAUGUAACUUCCUGAAUUAUGGCCCCUGUUUGUACGAAAAAUUGCGUUUUUAGCUUGUGGACCCUAUAGAGGUCAUAAUUUUUAUCCGAUUUAAAAAAUCAUAUUAUUAUGUCAUCGUUACACCCUAAGGACGGCUGAGUUCGAAUUUCGUGAAAAUGGGCCCAAAACUGACAGACAAAGUGGCCGCCGUUCGUUCUCAAAUAGCGUAAAAAUAUGGUAUAUCAAGGUUGUGGACCCUAUAGAGGUCACAAUUUUAAUCCGAUUUUGUUGAAACUUGAAAUGUAAGUUUAUAACCUAAAGAUCUCGGUUCCUAUCGGUAACUUCCUGAAUUAUGGCCCCUGAUUGUACGAAAAAUCACAUUUUUAGCUUGUGGACCCUAUAGAGGUCAUAAUUUUUAUCCGAUUUAAAAAAAACAUUUUAUUAUAUCACCGUUACACCCUAAGGACAGCUGCGUUCGAAUUUCGUGAAAAUCGGCCCAAAAUUGACAGACAAAAUGGCCGCCGUUCAUUUUCAAAUAGCCAAAAAAUAUGGUAUAUCAAGGUUGUGGACCCUAUAGAGGUCAAAAUUUUUAUCCGAUUUUGUUGAAACUUGAAAUGUAAGUUUAUAACCCAAAGAUCUUGGUUCCUUUCGAUAUUUGCGCAUAUCAAAUUGUAAUUUCCUGAAUUAUGGCCCUUGAUUGUAGGAAAAAUCGCAAUUUUAGCUUGUGGCCCCUAUAGAGGUCAUAAUUUUUAUCCGAUUUAGAACAAAUUUAGGACAGCUGCGUUCGAAUUUCUUGAAAAUCGUCCCAAAACUGACAGACAAAAUGGCCGCCCCUUGUUCUCAAAUAGCAAAAAAAUAUGGUAUAUCAAGGUUGUGGACCCUAUAGAGGUAGGAAAAAUUGUAGGAAAAAUCACUUUCUUUUUAGCUUGUUCUCUAUCCAUCUCUCGAAAAUGUGGGCGUAUCCUGUCUGGCAGCCGCUGGUUAAAUUAAACCAUUAAAUGGUCUAGCGAGUAUAGGCUUGUCAUGUGAAUAAAUGUCUAUAUAUAACAUUUGAAGCCAAAAUAAGCUCUGCAAUAGGCCGAUUUAGCUCUUACAUUAUGCAUCUUUACAAUGACAAUUAUUGGAGUCAGGAAUUUUAAUAAUUCAGAAUAUUAAUAAUUAUAUAAGUUAUUUUCUAUCUAAUCCUUGAUAGGUUUAGAAUUUUACUAUUAAAGAUACAUUGUCCCAAAAGUAACUAUUGGGUGGUUAUUACCAAUAAAAGUAUGGCAAAUUUGGUAUAUAUGGAAAGUAUUGUCACUCAAUCCUACUAGAAAAAUACUGGAUUACCCGAAAAACACCCAUGGGCCAAGCACUGGGCAAAAAUGUCACGGUAUCAAACUGGCAACUCGACUAUUGUCUGCCAGCUUAUUGUGUGCUAGCUUGACUGAGGGAGUGGUUGUUAUUUCUUGAUCAAAUGGUUUGGGCGGUUUUGGGAACAUUGAGAGGCAUCAAGGUACAAAAGACUCUGCAAUUAAACAGCAGAAAAGGGAGUUGACAGAAAAUAAUUAAGAAUUUACUUAGGUCUCAAUAUGUUACUAUGUAUGAUAAAUGGACAGUAAGUAACGAAAAAUACAUUCUGAUAAAUGGCCCCUCCCUUUGUGAAUUGAGCUGACAGGCAUGGCGUCUAACAACAGUUUAUUUAUAGCUUGCGGUGUCUCCCGACGAAUACAAAGUUUUGAGAGGGAUUUGAUGCAAACUUUUGAAUUAGUUUGAAAAUGUUUAGGUCCAAAUAUAUCAUUAAAUCAACAGUUUGUACUAUAAGAAUAUUAUUAACUUAAACAAUACAAUGAUAACUUGCCAGGACAAGUCAUCAGCUUUGUCUUCCAUAGUGCAUCACAUUGAGCUUUACGACACAUGUGUUAGUUCCUGCUGGCAUGUCCCUUUAUAAAUAGAGCUUGGUUGCUCGUGGGUAUAUGUUUUGUUAGAACAUAUUUUCUGUGAACAACAAUUUAAAUUAUUCAGAACCUACAUGUAUAUUCUUUAAUGGAGGGUCAAGAUUUAAUUCACAAAUCUGCUAUAAAAGUGGACAUAUCUUGCAUGGCAACCACUUGUUAUUUAUUUGUGUUGAUAUAUUAUGUUUCAAUUACUAAAUGCCAUUCAUAGAAUGUAUAUUAGAGAGGUUUUGCUACUUUACAUUUACACUUACAUUUAGAUGGUUAAAGAUCAUCAGUUUUUGUGAUGUAUGACGUGAAGCGCACAUCAUAAAAGUGUGUCCGUCGGAUAGCAGCCUCCAUAACUGUAAGUUAACAACACUUAGCUAAACCUUGUUUAAUUUCUAUUAUCCAAUCCAUAAUUUUUUUCUGAAUCGUUGUUUUCACAAACUAAAUAAGAAGAGGCUGAGACAAAACGUACAUCUAAUGCCUAUCGAGAUCGUGGAUCAAGUUUGUGCACCACCUACUAAGUGUAACUGUAAGUGUGAAUUUAGCGAAACAUCAUAAUGUACAGUUUCAACUUACACUUAUGUAAAUGUAAAUGUAAGUGUAACUGUUAAGUUGUGAAACCUCUCAAAUUUAUAAGCUAUCAUGUUGAUUAUCUGCUAUAUCAUUAUCAGUGGUUUCCAAACAAUAUGCCACACAGUGAUGUAAUUAUACUUCCCAACCUUCUCAAAAACCAUCAAGCGCAUGUUACUCAUUCAUAACUUUGUUCUAGAGUAUUCAAAGUACGUACAUUUUUUUUUAUAUUUUUUAUUAUCUAUAUUUCAUUUUAAUGAAGAUUUUUCAAAAUUUAUGUACAACAUGCGGCAAAAUAGUUUGUACUUCUUCUGAAAUGUGCCAAGAGUAAAUCAAGUUUGGGAAUAGCUGAUAAAUAAAGAAAUAGAUGAGUUAUAUUUCUGCUUUGAUUUUAAUGCAGAUUUGUUUUAAUCCAAUUGUUCUAUGUUAAAAACUCAUUCCAUUUUUUUUUUAUGAUUGUUGAAUUUUUAUAGUAAAUUCUAUAUUAUUUUUGUUGUAUGUUAAAAAUAUUUUUAAAUGAAUUAUACCAUAUAUAUUUGAUAUUAUUUUGAAAUUAUUACAUAUAUAAAAUAUUUUUUGAAAUGAAUAGAUGAUCACAAUUGUAAAUUAUAUGCCUACAACUUACGUGUAUAUAAAUAUAUAAUGUCUA